AUGUGUCGCGUCCCACGCGUGCCUGCACAGAGAGUAUUCUGCGCGGUGCGCGCCCGUGACCUGCUGCUGCUGCGCUGCCGGAGAUCGGUGGAGAAGCGGGUUGUGUCGGUGCCGCUGGCCGAGUGCGGGGACCGUCCCAGAGGGGCCACCGGGGAGGGGCCGCCGCCGUCGGACUCGUGGGCGUGGCGCAAGUAUGGGCAGAAGCCCAUCAAGGGCUCCCCCUACCCACGGGGGUACUACCGCUGCAGCAGCUCCAAGGGGUGCCCGGCGAGGAAGCAGGUGGAGCGCAGCCGCGCCGACCCCACCGUGCUGCUCGUCACAUACACCUUCGACCACAACCACGAGGCGCCGCAGCCCAAGAGCAGCAGCAGCAGCUGCCACCAGCAAGGCAAGCCGUCCCCUCGGCCGCCGGCGCCGAAGCCUGAGCCCGUGGUCGAGCAGGAUGAGCUCGGUCCGGAGCAUGAGCUGGCAGAGACAGAAGUGCCAGAGCAGCAGGAGCCGGAAGAGGAGCAGGAGCAGAAGAUCGUCCCAGGUCUGGCCGGGCCGGAAGCGGAAGCGGAGGCAACCGCAACGGUGGCGCCGGCGGCCGAGGAGGACGAAAGCUUCGACUUUGGGUGGUUCGAUCAGUACCCGACGUGGCACCGGUCGGCGCUGUACGCGCCGCUGCUGCCGCCGGAGGAGUGGGAGCGGGAGCUGCAGGGGGAAGACGCCCUGUUCGCGGACUCGGCGAGCUGCCCGAGUGCGCCGUCGUGUUCGGGCGACGCCGCGAGCUCAGCCUGGCGGCCACCGCGCCGUGCUCCUGAUGGUCCUUGA